ACGUGACACUUGACAUGCUUGAACAACAGACCCGGUUUGGCGCGGAAACGUGGUGUUCCACUGUGUUGUGAAGAUUGCUACCCUGAACUUGCUGGAAAAUGGCCGAUAAGGAACAAGCAGUCCAAGAACCCUUUGAUGAUGCUGUUGAGGAACGUGUUAUUAACGAGGAAUACAAGAUAUGGAAGAAGAACACGCCUUUUCUCUAUGACCUUGUGAUGACUCAUGCCUUGGAGUGGCCUAGUCUGACCUCUCAGUGGCUACCAGAUGUCAGAAGGCCAGAGGGUAAAGAUUACUCCAUCCAUCGACUGGUACUCGGCACACACACUUCUGAUGAACAGAACCACCUGGUGAUAGCAAGCGUCCAGCUGCCAAAUGAUGAUGCUCAGUUUGAUGCAUCUCAUUAUGACAGUGAAAAAGGAGAAUUUGGAGGCUUUGGUUCAGUUAGUGGCAAAAUUGAAAUAGAAAUCAAAAUCAACCACGAGGGAGAGGUGAACCGGGCUAGGUACAUGCCACAAAACCCUACCAUCAUUGCAACCAAGACACCCUCCAGUGAUGUGCUGGUCUUUGACUACACAAAGCAUCCCUCCAAGCCAGAUCCAAGUGGUGAGUGUAAACCAGACCUGAGAUUGCGAGGGCACCAGAAGGAAGGAUACGGUCUUUCCUGGAACCCCAACCUGGGUGGAAACCUCCUGAGUGCCUCAGACGAUCAUACUAUCUGCCUGUGGGAUAUCAGUGGUCAUGAGAAAGACGCUUGUGUAGUGGAUGCUAAAACCAUCUUCACCGGUCACUCGGCAGUCGUGGAGGACGUCUCUUGGCAUCUUCUCCAUGAGAGUCUCUUUGGCUCUGUCGCCGAUGAUCAGAAACUCAUGAUCUGGGACACUAGAGUGAAUAACACUUCCAAAGCCAGCCAUUCAGUGGAAGCACACACAGCUGAGGUCAACUGUCUCUCCUUCAAUCCUUACAGUGAAUUCAUCUUAGCAACAGGAUCGGCUGAUAAGACUGUUGCAUUGUGGGAUCUGCGUAAUCUGAAACUCAAGCUUCACUCCUUUGAGUCCCAUCGAGAUGAGAUCUUCCAGGUGCAGUGGUCACCUCACAACGAGACCAUCCUGGCAUCUAGUGGAACUGACAGACGACUCAAUGUAUGGGACCUUAGCAAAAUUGGAGAGGAGCAGUCACCAGAGGAUGCUGAGGAUGGUCCAGGGGAACUUCUCUUCAUUCACGGUGGCCACACUGCCAAAAUAUCAGAUUUCUCCUGGAACCCUAAUGAACCAUGGGUCAUCUGCUCGGUAUCGGAGGACAACAUCAUGCAAGUCUGGCAGAUGGCGGAGAACAUUUAUAAUGAUGAGGAGCCAGACACCCCUGCCGCUGAAUUGGAACCUUCCACUGCACAAUGAGAUGUUCCUUGUGAAGACAUGAGAUGUCAAUCAUAGACUGUACAGUUUUUCUGUCUAGGGGCUUUACUGUUCGUGCUAGUUGUAUAGUAUUACCAUUUCGUGGUGAUCAGCCUACAUUCGGUAGAAUAUGCCAAACGGCAGACGCACUGCCCAGGAUGAUGAAAGUGAUAACUUGUUUUCUAGACCUGAUCCCCUAUCAUCACCUAGGAAAGUCCCAUGCCAAAUGUUUGUAAAGACUCAAGGACUUCACUCUACCAUUUGUAUGACAAAUCUCAAAACGGUUGACCCCAAUGGCAAUAUUGUGAGAACCAUUGUGUGACAUACAUGUAGAGUUGAACCUCGUUAAUAAGAGGUCCUUUGGACUUGGCUAAUAACCUUGUUAUAACAGGA